UAGGAUUUUAUAGUUCUUCAUAAAAAAGAAACAAUGUAUAAAAUGCAAACUUGACGUAUAAAUAAAUACAACUGGAAAUUGUUAAGGAAACACAAUGUCCGCAACAAAAAAUUACUUAUUUUAUUAUAAAGAAAACCUGUACCUUUUAUUACGUUUGGCGCCCCUCGUAAAAAAGAAUUACGAGCUACUACCACGGUCAAGGUUAUAAAUCAUUUAUAAUUGAUUAACGCAUGAUUGACGCUGUUUAAUUAAUGCUGACAAAAAGCAUUUAAAUAGAAACUUUGGUAUUAGCGACAUUAGCUUUAAUCGACAAACAACGCAGGUUUGAAACACAUCGAAUCAAAACUUUUAACGAAAGUUUGCAAAAUGAACGUAAAAAGAUCUAUCCUUUGUGCUUUUAUUCUUAUAUCAAUGGUGUGCAUUUCUUUAGGAAAACCGACUGCGGAAAAGCAGACUAGACCAACCGAACCAAGCGAACCAACCGAACCAAGCGAACCAACCGAACCAACCGAACCAACCAAACCAACUAAGCCCACGACCCCAUUCAACCAGGACUGCAGUAAAAUUUUAUGGUUUAAACCAUGUAACGCAAGCAUCCCUGCUUAUUUAGAAUGUGGCGGAAUAGCUUGUAAGAAGAAAGUAGCGUGCCAACAUAACAGGGCCUUUGACUUUCAUUAUUGUGUUGGCACCGAAAAAGGAGAUUAUAAACAUUAAAAAAUGAGAAGAAAGGAGAGAAACUGGAUAUGCGUAUUUUGAAGAAGUUGUAAACACUCCACCUAAAGAGUUUGUUUUGGUCUUGUAAAAUGAAUUAUAUCUAAGCAAGCGAUUUUGUUAUUGACCUGUUACAAACGAAACGUAAAACAACUUUUUCAUAACGUGAAUUUUUAUCAACAUCGAAUUGAAUAUUUAUUAUUGUAUAUUUAUCAAUUAGUUUAUCAAAUAUAUUUCAACCUAAUUAUCAUUCAAGAUGUUUCAGAUUUGCUUUCUUAUGGAAGAUAUGGCUUAUUCAAGAAUCCCUAACUUUUCUAGUCAAUGUUUUAUUUUUGUAAAAACAGUUUAAAAACAGUUUGAAAAACAUUGUACCCUCUCUGCGAUUUAGACCAGAUAUCGUUCUACUGAUAAAACUGAGGACAAUUAUAAUUGUGAUAAAUAUAAAUUAGGAUAAUAUUAUUAAAAAUUUUGCUAAUUUCACAUUUUCAGAAAUUGAGAAAUUUUCAAAUAGGAGCCGCAGCACUUAGGUGCAAUUGACAGAGAAUUUCGUUAUUAUUUUAUAAAUCGACAGAAAU